AUUGACUUCGAGGAUUUCGCAUCGAUUUGUUUUAGGAGUGAAUCCCCAAGUUUUGACCUAUGGAAAUGACGUAGCAGGUGGGCCAAGGACAGCAGCAGUGAUACCUCCAGUCAUCCAGGAGCAUCAAUCCAGAAGGAUUUGGGACUUUCAGUCGAGAUUUCCAUCAAUCGGAUCGAUAAAUGGGCGCCGAGCAUUCACAGCAGCGGGCGGAGGCUGAUGGCCACGAGAUCUUCGAUGGUCGCCAGCCGCCUGGGGCGGGAAUGGGAGCUGGAAAUGGAGCCCUUGCCGAUGGGAGCUCCAUGAUGCUGGCGGCCACAGCGGCGGCCAACAAACGACGUGGAAUUGGUCAUCGCCAACAGACGGCUGGAGGAGGAGUUGGUGGACCAGUUGGAGGAGCAGGAACUGGUGGUGCACCAGGAGCUAGCAUUGUGAUAGCUAGCAAGCAGAUCAUCGCCGAGGCAGCGUCUCCCGGCGGGUCCGAGCUAAGCAGGCCUCCAUCACCACCUUUAAGCGUCUGCUCUGACCUGCCAUAUGUUUCCUAUACAGAUCGGCCCAUCGGUGACUCUCCAAAAAUUCGCAGCAAGCCGGCACACAUGCUGCAGCAGAGCAGUGCCAGUCGGGCGGCGGCCAGGAAGUCACAUCCAGGUGGAAUCACCAGCGCCGUUAAACCAAAGCGACCGCAGUCUACAGCAUCCAGUCAUAAUAUUGUAAUUGUGCGUCCUGGUGCAAGCGAUGCUGGGGAGGAUGUAGAUCUCGAUUUGGCACGACUGCGCAAUAUACCGCAAUUCCUUCCCGUGCUGCGCGAAUCCAUCACCUCGGCCACCUAUACGCGAGAUGCAGAGAUUCUGGAGCGACUGCACUCGCAGCAUCUGGUAAACAUAUGUGCCCGCAUGCAGACGCAUCUGAAUCUGUGCGCCAGCUAUGUGGCCAGUGAACAGAAUCAUUUGGUUGAACGUACCAAGGUGGUGAGCAAUUCGAUCACCACGCUAUUCGCCGGGUUCGUGGACAUGCAAAAGACAUAUGCCUCGUACGCUGAACAAUUCGCCAAGAUCCGGAGCGUUUCGCAUCAGUUAAGUCGGUGCAAUUCACUGCUGCACGAGAACAUUGCCAGUCUGGAGGCGAUCAAUAACUUCCUGGACGACGAAGACCGCCUGGAGCCCUUCGUCUGGCGUACUGACGACAACAAACUGCGCGGCGAGGCCGAAGGCGCCACCGGUGGAAACAGCAGCAGGCUUUGGCGGCUGUAGGAUUAAAUGCCCUUGGCAUUCACAUACUUAUUGGUCUCCAAAGAUUUUCCUAGUUCGUAAUCCUUGUGUAUUUAUUGUGUAUAUUACUCGUUAACGAUGCCGCUUAAUCGUGAUUUUUAAUUAGUAAAUCAAACUUAAUAUUAAAGAGUGUUUUUUCUUUCAACUCUAAA